AUGGCAUCAAAAGAUGAAAAUGAUGAGGAUUACUCAGAUUUGAUAGCAAAAAUUACUAACAACAUUCAACAGCUCAAUCAAUAUGUUCAACGUUUGGAGACUUUAACAAAAAGGGCUGACGUGGAUAGUAAAGAAGAAUUUCAGUCAGUUUUAUCGUUAACGAACGACCUUAGUAAAGAAACUAAUAAUCUAAUGAAAGAGCUCGUUAAUGCUUCCAACAGCAAACGAUCGCCAAGUUUAAAGAUCCAGAGGGAACGGUUAAUGAAUGAUUUAAUUUCAAUAUUGAAUCGCUAUCAGUAUAUUCAGCGAAAUAUUUCUUACAUGAAAAAGCAAUCCAUUCAACAAAUUCAGUUUCAGAAUCAGCAAAUAAAUGAACAGUUGAAUGAAAAUAUUUCGAAUCAGGAAAUAUCCAAUAAAGAACAAUUACAAUUGCAACAAGAACAUUAUUUAAAAGAGAUCAAGGAACGAAAUGAAAUGAUGAAACAACUGGAUAGCGAAAUCGGUGAUAUUACGAAAAUUAUGAAAGAUUUAGCAAGAAUCGUGCACGAUCAAGGUGAAACUGUUGAUAGUAUUGAAGCUAAUGUUGAACAUACUGCUAUGUAUAUACAACAGGGAUCAGCUGAUCUUCAAAGAGCAGUUGUAUAUCAGCAGAAGGCAAUGCAAAAGAAAUUAAUUAUUUUCAUCUUUCUUAUUCUUUUACUUUUAAUUAUUUCUCUUAUACUAUAUUUUUUCUCUAAAUAG